AUGACUGGUGCGGACGAGACUCUCGUGGCCGCGACUGCGGUAUUACAGUCUCUGGCCAGGGACGAGCCCUCGGCUGGCUCAUCUUCGCCCCCUUUUGAUUUUCAAUUUCCUUCGAGUAACGGUACCAAACAUGCCACUCUCCCCGGAGAACCGAGUCCUGCAAAGGCCGCCUUCGAAGCCGAGUUGGAGGCUUUGGUGCGCCGCGUGCACCACCUGGAAUUCCAAGCUGUCAGUCAUCACACGUCCCCCGACAACCCCCAGCAGACCACACCGUCUGCUCUCGGAUCCAACGAGAAGGACCCAGAUUUUUUGUGGACCUUUGGGCUCGAUCGCUUGUCGUCCGGUCAAGGUUCUGACUCUUCUUAUUGCCUCACACAGCAGCAAAAACUGAAUCAACCCGAUCGGCGACAGCGGACCCCCUCGGGUCCCGAAGAACAACAACCGCCCCCGACUGUGGAUCUCGACGAUGACGAAACCGAUGAGGAGGACGAGACCGGUGCCCGCACCCGGGUCGUCCGCGAAGAGGAUAUCAGCAUCUUGCGAAACCACGUUCAGAAACAAGCCGAGGAAAUCAGUUUCCAGAAGGACAUCAUUGCGCAGGUCCGUGACGAACUGCAGAAACAAGAGGAGCAUACUCGCCGUGCUCUGACCAAGGUGGAGAACGAGGACGUUGUUCUCCUGGAACGUGAACUACGCAAGCAUCAACAGGCAAACGAGGCUUUCCAGAAAGCCCUACGGGAAAUCGGUGGUAUCAUUACACAAGUCGCCAACGGUGAUCUGUCCAUGAAGGUUCAGAUUCACCCGCUGGAGAUGGACCCGGAAAUCGCUACAUUCAAACGAACGAUCAACACUAUGAUGGACCAGCUGCAAGUAUUCGGUAGUGAGGUGUCUCGAGUCGCCCGUGAGGUCGGUACCGAGGGCAUACUCGGCGGACAAGCUCAAAUCACCGGCGUCCAUGGUAUCUGGAAGGAACUGACGGAGAACGUGAACAUUAUGGCCAAGAACUUGACGGAUCAGGUGCGAGAAAUCGCUGUCGUUACAACUGCUGUCGCGCACGGUGAUCUCAGUCAAAAGAUUGAGAGCCGCGCUCAAGGUGAAAUUCUGGAACUGCAACAAACGAUCAACACCAUGGUGGAUCAACUGAGAACAUUCGCAACGGAAGUGACACGAGUCGCCCGCGACGUCGGUACGGAAGGUGUGCUAGGAGGUCAAGCGCAAAUCGAAGGCGUACAGGGCAUGUGGAACGAACUCACGGUCAAUGUCAACGCAAUGGCCAAUAAUUUAACUACGCAAGUGAGAGAUAUCGCCACCGUCACCAAGGCCGUCGCCAAAGGUGAUCUGACGCAAAAGGUGCAAGCCAAUUGUCGAGGAGAAAUCGCCGAGCUGAAGAACAUUAUCAAUUCCAUGGUGGAUCAACUGCGUCAAUUCGCGCAAGAAGUCACAAAGAUUGCAAAGGAGGUCGGGACAGAUGGUGUACUCGGCGGGCAAGCGACAGUCAACGACGUUGAAGGUACAUGGAAGGACCUAACCGAAAAUGUCAACCGAAUGGCCAAUAAUCUCACCACCCAAGUGCGUGAGAUCGCGGAUGUCACCACGGCCGUCGCAAAGGGUGACCUGACGAAGAAGGUCACCGCGAAUGUCCAGGGUGAAAUCUUGGAUCUGAAGAGCACUAUCAACGGCAUGGUGGACCGUCUAAAUACGUUCGCGUUCGAGGUCAGCAAGGUCGCCCGUGAAGUCGGUACCGAUGGUACACUUGGUGGACAGGCCAAGGUCGAUAAUGUGGAAGGAAAAUGGAAGGAUCUCACCGACAAUGUCAACACCAUGGCCCAGAACCUUACCUCGCAAGUGCGAAGUAUAUCCGACGUGACGCAGGCCAUUGCCAAGGGUGAUCUGAGCAAGAAGAUUGAGGUGCAUGCUCAGGGAGAGAUCCUAACCCUGAAGGUCACUAUCAACCACAUGGUGGGUCGACUAGCCAAGUUUGCUUCAGAACUGAAGAAGGUCGCUCGCGAUGUCGGCGUAGAUGGCAAAAUGGGUGGGCAGGCCAACGUCGAGGGGAUCGCGGGUACCUGGAAAGAAAUCACCGAGGACGUCAAUACAAUGGCCGAAAAUUUGACGUCUCAAGUGCGUGCGUUUGGUGAAAUCACUGAUGCGGCCACAGAUGGUGAUUUCACCAAGCUUAUUACGGUCAACGCCUCGGGCGAAAUGGACGAGUUGAAACGCAAGAUCAAUAAAAUGGUUUCCAACCUGCGAGACAGUAUUCAGCGAAACACUGCCGCUAGGGAGGCGGCCGAACUUGCCAAUCGUACCAAGUCCGAAUUCUUGGCCAACAUGUCGCACGAAAUCCGAACCCCGAUGAACGGAAUCAUCGGAAUGACCCAGCUGACGUUGGAUACGGACGAUCUCAAGCCAUAUACCCGUGAGAUGCUGAAUGUUGUGCACAACCUGGCCAACAGUCUGCUCACAAUCAUCGACGAUAUACUAGAUAUCUCGAAGAUUGAAGCCAACCGAAUGGUGAUCGAAAGCAUUCCAUUCACCGUGCGCGGCACUGUCUUCAAUGCCCUGAAGACUUUGGCUGUCAAGGCGAAUGAGAAAUUCCUGAGCUUGACCUACCAAGUCGACAACACCGUCCCUGACUAUGUCAUCGGUGACCCCUUCCGUUUGCGCCAAAUCAUUCUCAACUUGGUUGGGAACGCCAUCAAGUUCACCGAGCAUGGCGAGGUCAAACUCACGAUCCGGAAAUCAGACCGCGAGCAAUGCACAACAAACGAAUACGCCUUCGAAUUUUCCGUUUCUGAUACCGGUAUUGGUAUCGAGGAAGACAAGUUGGAUCUGAUUUUCGACACUUUCCAGCAAGCCGAUGGCUCAACCACCCGCCGCUUCGGCGGUACGGGUCUUGGUUUGUCCAUUUCCAAGCGUUUGGUCAAUUUGAUGGGCGGAGAUGUAUGGGUCACCUCUGAAUAUGGCCACGGCAGUACUUUCCACUUCACCUGCGUGGUCAAGCUCGCCGACCAGUCCUUGAAGGUCAUUGCUUCUCAGCUCAUGCCGUAUCGCGACCACCGAGUUCUCUUCAUCGACAAGGGCCAGAAUGGUAUCCAGGCUGCUAACGUCAUGAAGAUGCUGAAGCAGAUCGACCUGGAGCCGUUGGUUGUGCGGAAUGAAGAGCACGUACCGCCGCCCGAGAUCCAAGAUCCUUCUGGAAAGGAGUCUGGCCAUGCUUACGAUGUCAUCAUCGUGGACUCCGUGGAUACCGCUCGAAUUCUGCGCACAUUUGAUGAGUUCAAGUAUAUCCCCAUCGUGUUGGUUUGCCCCUUGGUCUGCGUGAGCUUGAAGUCUGCUCUGGACCUUGGUAUAAGCUCGUACAUGACGACCCCCUGCCAGCCUAUUGAUUUAGGUAACGGUAUGCUGCCGGCUCUGGAGGGCCGUUCGACACCGAUCACCACCGACAACUCCCGCUCCUUCGAUAUCCUUCUUGCCGAGGAUAACGACGUAAAUCAGCAACUUGCGAUGAAGAUUCUUCAGAAGCACAACCACAAUGUCUUUGUUGUUGGAAAUGGUCUGGAAGCUGUUGAAGCUGUGAAGGAGCGUCGCUAUGACGUUAUUCUCAUGGACGUUCAAAUGCCUGUUAUGGGUGGAUUUGAAGCCACUGGCAAGAUUCGGGAAUACGAGCGCGCGAGUGGACUGCAGAGAACUCCGAUCAUUGCCCUUACGGCCCACGCCAUGUUGGGAGAUCGUGAGAAGUGCAUCCAGGCCCAGAUGGAUGAGUAUCUAUCCAAGCCGCUCAAGCAAAACCAGAUGAUGCAAACCAUCCUCAAGUGCGCCACGCUUGGUGGCUCUCUGCUCGAGAAGAGUAAGGAGUCUCGGAUUUCUAGCAGCGGCGAAAUGCAUCCCAUCCACUCGUCAGUCUCUUCCGACAGCCAAAAUCAGCAGCAACAACAGCAGUCUUCAAAUCAGAAGCCUCUGCCGACUCCACCGCGACCUGGCGGUGCUGAGACUCGGGCCGUCACCACCUCUGGACCCAUUGCGCGGGGCAGCGUGGUGAGCCCCACAGAGGAAAAAGACGAAGAGAUGAUCGAUGAUCGGUCAUUACUGCGAUCCAACAGCACCUGA